GAUGAAAUACAAUCGGAAAUUAAUAAGGAAUUAAAGGAACUUCUACAACAUAUUACGAAUGAAGAGAAAUGGAAAGACGUUGCCGCAGAUUGCGGCAACGUCGGUUUGUCAGAAGACAACGACGGAGAAAUAACUGCUAAGGAAAAAGCUUGUAAGCUUUUUGCUUCAGGUUUAAAACACAUUUCUGAAAUUAAGGACGAAAAAAACAACGAUGCUGUACCACUUAAACAAACUAUGAUGUGCGCAGCACUUAAUCUUUAUGCUGAUCAAUUAAUAAACAAAGCAGAAAAUCAAUGUCCUUUAGAUAAUAAAAAAUUGGAUCAGGCAAUAAAACACGCUUUUGAUAAAAGUAAAAACAUUAUGGGGAAGGGAAAAACUUCAUGCCCAGCUGGUAGUACUAAUUCUUGUUUUAUUUGCAAAAGAGAAGAAAAUUUUGACAGUUGUCAAAUUGGCAGUGGCAGCAACGCUUUCAAGGUAAAGGAAAAAGUGACUGAACUCAUCGCAAACAACGACAACGACAAAACCAACACCACCACCCCUAAUAUGGAACAAACACUUGACAAAAUAAAUAGUAAAGACACUUUUUGUACUGAACUACAAUGCGCAAUCAAACAAUACGCAAAGAAGAUCAAAAAAAAAACAUUUCCAAAUGGAAACCCCACUUGGAGUGACAUAGACGAGGACGCCAAAGGCGUCUUAACGGAACUUAUACAACAUAUGACGAAGGAACAAAGUCAAUCGGACGCUGCCGAAUAUUGCAAUGACGAAGCUAAAUGGAGUACAUUCGGCCAUAAAGGAAAACAUACAAAUAAAGCAGCUUGUUUACUUUUUGCUGCAGGUUUAAAGCACAUUUAUGGCCGUCCCAACGGCCCAAAGAAGGACCUUCUUAAGGACCCAUCGUUUGCACAAACGAUGGGUUGUUUAUUCCUUAAAGAAUAUGCAAAACAAUUAAAAGAAAUGGCAAAUGUGAAGAAAAGGGGAAAUAGUUGGGUACAUCCUCUUUGUAGCAUAGAGGAAGGUAUAACAUAUGCUUUUGGUAAGAGUGAUGCCAUUAUGAAGAAUGUAUUAACUCAAUGCAACAAUGGUCCUAAUGGUAUUUCUUGUUUUGUGUGCACACAAAACGAAAACGAUUAUAAAGAUUGCUCCAUUGGCACUGACGAAGUAAAGUCUAAAGUUGAAUCAAUCUACCAAGACGAAUCGAAGCAAAACCAAAUGCAACAAACCUUAGAGAAUACAGUCUGUCCCAUCCUUCUUACGGAUCUCCUUACCCCUUUUCUUCCUUUGGCUCCUGUCUCCAUUGGUCUUUCUGCUAUGGCUUAUUACCUUUGGAAGUAUUUUGGUCCCCUUGGUAAAGGAGGAGCACGUUUCCGAAGAUCUCCUGCUGAAAUACGCGGUCCAUCAGUACAGGAACAAGUCCUUGAUCAUGUGCAACAAGAUAGUUCACAUGAAUAUCGAUUAGUGAAAGAACGAAAACCUCGUUCUGCUCCAACGAGAACGAAACGUUCUGGUGGUGUGAAUCGUCGAACGAUUAUUGAAAUUCAUUUUGAAGUGUUGGACGAAUGUCAAAAAGGGGACACACAAUUGAACCAGAAGGAUUUUCUGGAACUUUUGGUUCAAGAGUUCAUGGGAAGCGAAUUUAUGGAAGAAGAAGAACAAGUUCCUAAGGAAGAAGUUCUUAUGGAAAGUGUUCCAAGGGAACUUGUUCCUAUUGAGGAGGUUCCAAGCUUAAGUUCCGGGUUUAUGGUUUAA